ACCUCUAGGCUCGCUGCGGCAACGUUAUCUCCCCAUUCUCGUUGUCUGUUUUCUUUUCUACCAUCUCGCCUUCUCGUCUUGGUCUACCUGUGUCUACGACUUCACCCUUAACUCUGAGACUCCCUGAGGGAUUAUUACUCGAUGGCUGCUGCGACCAGGCAACCUAAACCCCCACGCAAGGGUGGUAUGCCCGAAACUACUGCUCGACGUCCAUCGGCAUGGACGGGAGCUCGCGGGUCCCCUACCUUCUCUCCUGGCAUGCCCAACACUCGCUUGCCAGCCGGCCAACAAACUCCCUCCAACGGGCCAUUCCCGCCUCCGGGAAACCAGAAUGGCGCUCCACGGACGGAUCGUCCGCAGGAUCGUGUACUUCAGCAGCUCUCUGGACUGACGGGAACUACGGUCACACUCUCGACGAAGAUUGGCCAGCGGUAUGAGGGCGUGAUUGGUUCGACAAGCGGCGAAGGCGAUACCCAGGGUGUCACCUUGAAGGACGUGAAGGAGAUCUUAAACCCUGGACAACCUCUCAAGGAGUCUCUGUUCAUUGCUUCUACCAACAUUGACACUUGGUCAUCAGGACCUGCCGACGCCAAACUGACCAACGGCGAUAGCUUCAAGACUGACGUAGAUAUCAGCAAAGCAAACAGCCUUUCCCGUGAGCGGCCUCUGCAGGCAUGGGCGGACGAUAUCCCAGACAACACGAACGCUUCGGGCACCGGAGGACGUUAUGUCCAUAACGACGACGAUACCUUCGGUCCCGGCGCUUCGUCAGGCGGUAGCCAAUGGGACCAGUUUGCCGCAAACGAGAAGUUGUUUGGUGUAAAGGCAAAUUUCGAUGAGGAGGCGUACACCACCAAACUCGAUAGAAACGCCCCCGACUUCAAGGAGAAGGAGAAGAGGGCUCAGCAGGUUGCAGCUGAAAUUAUGUCGGGUGCCACAAGCAACUCUCACGUUGCUGAAGAGCGCAAGAUAGACUUCGUCGGCGAGAACGGCAUAAACGAGGAGGACCGAUAUGGCGCUGUUGUCAGGGGCGCAAACGCCUAUGUCCCUCCUGGUGCACGAAAGGCCGCUGUUGCCGUAGUUAACGUGAACGGCAGCUCACCCGCCCCGUCCACCACUUCCGCCAAGCCUGAGAUCCCGAAAGUCUCGAUCAACGGUCCAGACGACUCUGGCGUGAAGGAGACCCAGAAGCCUGCGUCUCCUGCACCUGCUACCGGCGCUGCUAAGCCGGCUGAUCCUCUCCCUGCGUUCCGCGACUUCGUCUCGAACGAGCGGGAUAGGCUCAUGAAGAAGAAGCAAGCCCUCAUGAAGCACGAGAUGGACAAACGCAUGGCCGACCUCGUCAAGUUCGGUCAGACCUUCAAGUUGAAGAAGCCUAUUCCUGAAGACCUGGUUCCUAUUCUAGCUAAAGAUGAAGAGAAGCAACGGCAAAUCCGGGAGAAGUCGACUCAGGAUGCCGAAUCUGCUCAAGCACGCACCAUCGGCCCUUCCAACUUGACCGUUACUGGAACCCCGAAUAUCCAAGCUUCUGCUACUUCUGCUCGUAUUGGUGGCACUCCAGUUGCGGCUAAAGUUUCUACUUCCGGCUCUCCUCAACCUGGGGCUGGCUCCAAAACGCCUCCAGCCUUGGUCAAAGCAUCGUCUUCAACCAGCCCUCCCGGGAAGGACGGCGCAGGUGGGAAGAGGAUAUCGAUGUUCAUACAGUCUAUCCCACCGUUCAAGGGCAAACGUCCUUCGGCUACGCCUGCGUCAUCCGGCCCUGCUCCUGGCGUCAAUGGCACGCAGCCUCCCACUACCCGGACUAACUCGAGCCAUAACGCUAUUGCACCCACACCGCUUUCCCCGACUGCAGCCAACCGCUUGAACGUCAACGCAUCGUCAUUCCGGCCUACGCCGAAGAGUGCCCAGCCUUCCAGCUCUCCUAAGGCCAAAGAACAGCAAGCUGCGACACAGGGCCCGCCGAACCCCUUCUUUGGUACUCGUCCAAUAAAGAAGACGCCCCCCGCUCAUAUCAAAGAUGAUUUCAAUUCGUUCAAGUACGCCAAGGUUGUUGAAGCAUCGCAGAUUGCGCCGCAGUGGCCUUACAAUGGCAAGCGUUACAUCACCAUGUUUCCCCCUCUUCCGGCCCCUCCACAACAACAAUCCCCGCACAUGGCUCAUCCAGGGCCCCCUGCUCCCAUGCCCCCUCCGACCUAUGAGGACCAAUCGUCAGAUCCAGCCGCACAAGCAGCUCAGGCCGCCGCUCGUGGUUAUGUCUAUGCUUAUCCGCCAUAUGGCUAUCCCGGACAGCCUAUGAUGCCGGGUAUGCCCCCUCCUCCUGGCCACAUGCCCCCGUAUAUGCAGCCUAUCCCCUAUCCGUACAUGCCACCACCAAAUGCCAUGUACCCUGGGACUCCCAUGGGUCAGAUGCCACCUCCCACUGCAUUCAUGCCCCCUCCUGGUGCUUACCCGCCGCCACCGAACGGCACCGGUCCAAGGCCGUCGAUGCCUCCCACUCCCAUCCCGUCGCAUGCCCACCCAUAUUACCAUCAGAGCCCACAGCUCCAACAUACUGUUCCCUACCCGAUGAUGAUGCCUCCUCCUGGCGCGCCGGUGCCACCUCACCCGUACGAGGGCCAACCUGCCCCUCCAGUGCAGAUGGGCGGCGUUGGACACGCAUAAACCGCCAUGCCAGCCAGCUGCGCAGGCGGACGAGCGGUGGGACCUACACCUGUCUUGGCGGGAGCCAUGAGCGUCACAUGUCUCGUUAUGAGGAACAGCUCGUUAAGGGAGUGGUGUCGCCGAACAGAGUUGCCAUGGUGCUGGUGAAUUAUUGUAGCCCGUCCCUGUCCUCCGCCGUGCUGUGUCUUGGUUCGUUCUAUGUUGUAGCUACCUGCAUCUUUCAUACAUUC